CAGAGAGUAUAGCCCUGCUAUGUUCUCAUGUGGUCCCUUUAUCAUCUGAUUAAACCCAUAGUCAACUGACAUCAACUACAGGCCACUGGAUGAAAUUAAAAUGGCCUCUCACAAGCAAAGCUUUCAAUGCUUUGACACCAUCACAGACGACCCAUCUCUCAAGCCCCCUUUCCCCCAUGGACACAGCUCCUCAGCGUCCUUCAGAGGCUCAUCCGGUUCGACCAGACUGGAGCCGCUGGAGGCUCAUGGAUGCUAUCUCUGUGCUGAUCACCAGCAGGCCAAGGCGAUGGCCUCAGAGGCCACAGGAGCUUACUCAAACCCAUGGUAUCAUUUCCAGACACAUCCACACUCUCAGCAGUAUACAGUCAGGAGGCCCAGUCGACCUGAGGAAGCUCCUGGGCACGUUGAAGAUCACCACCAUCACCAUCCUCACAGGCACUCCAGGAAGAUUGUGCUUGUGAAAAACAGUGACCCGUCUGUGCGGAGGAGCAUCGUGCUGCGCCGCAGGAGCCUGCGCAGUCUGGCGCUCUUCAUGGACGAGGUCUCUGAACUCAUGCAGUGUCUCAUCAGGAAGCUCUACACACUGGAAGGCCACAAGGGGAACACUUCUUGGCUUGGAGUCCACAGAAUGUCUGGAGUCGUUCCAGGAAUUUCCUAUCCAUCAGAGCUGGACUCGCUAGUCAUUGCUGACUCUGGUCAGCGCUGCUGGUCCUCUGUGGGUCUAGAGCAAGCACAUCCUAUUAGCACUGCCACAGGCCUGUACUUCCCAUAG